AUGUUUGAUCGAUCACAACUAAGUGCUUGGAGUAUACUUAAACAAUGCAUUGGAAAAGAAUUAUUUAAAAUAACAAUGCCAAUUAUUUGGAAUGAACCUGUUUCAUUUUUACAACGUCUUACGGAAAAUUUUCUUUAUUCAUAUUUACUUAAUAAAGCUGAUGAAUGUACUGAUCCACUUAUGCGGAUGCAGAUAUAUGUUGCUGCAUUUGCUGUAUCAUCAAUUUCAAGUAAUAUUGAUCGUUUUUCAAAACCAUUUAAUCCAUUACUUGGUGAAACUGAUGAUUUACCAUUUCAUUAUAUAAGUGAACAAGUUAGUCAUAAUCCACCUGUAAGUGCAUUUACGUGUGAAUCAAAAGAUGAUGAUACACGAUGGAGACUUUAUGGAAAUAUUUUACCAAAAGCUAAAUUUUCAGUCAAACAUAUGGACAUACAUCCAGAAGGAUUAUUAACACUUGAACUUAAAAGACAUAGAGAAGUAUUUACAGCGUCAAGUGUCACCUGUACAAUUCAUAAUAUUAUUGUUGGCCGACUUUGGUUUGAAUAUCAUGGUACUAUGGAAAUUAUUAAUCAUACAAAUAAAAUGAAAGCAAUCAUACAUUUUAAACCAUAUUCAUGGUCAACAAAAGAAUUACAUAAAGUUGAAGGUUAUAUUAUUGAUUCACAUAAAAAUAAAGUACGCGGUUUAUAUGGUUUUUGGACAGAUGCAUUAUAUUCGAUUGAUAUUGAACAAUUUGAAACAUUUUUAAAACAACAAAAAAAAGAUGCAAAAAAUGCUGCAAAAUAUUCGCAAGAACAAGUUGAAAAUUCAGCAUCAUCAGUAUAUAAUAUUGAUCUAGAUGAAGAAGUACCAGAUGUUGAUCCAUCACAUGAACAACUUAAUCUUCCACCGAACUCAAUAACACUUUGGCGAAUUAUACCAAAAUUAGAAUAUGCAGCUCAAUAUUAUAAUUUUUCAUUAUUGACUAUGGCACUUAAUGAAUGGACAGAAGAAGAUCAAAAACAACGUCCAUCAUUACCACCAACAGAUUCACGAUUUCGUCCAGAUAUUCGUAAAAUGGAAGAAGGUGAUAUUGAUCUAGUUGGACAAGAGAAAAAUCGUCUAGAAGAAAAAGAACGUGAAACUAGACGAACAAUGGAAAAACGUCGAGAAGAAUGGCAACCAAGAUGGUUUCAUCUUGUUAAACAUGACGUAACAGGACAUGAAAUAUUGAUAACAACGGCUAUGAUGUCGACUAAUCAAUAUUGGAAUCAUAUAUCACCAUGUGAUUUUGAUGAUUUAUUUUCGCUACUUGAUGAUUUUAAUCCUCAAAUUCAAUGUAAUCAAUAUUCUAUGUUACAUGAUGAUAUAAUUGAAGACAACAUAUCUUCAUUGUUUGAAAUUGAUAAUUAUCAACAACAAACAUUAUCAAACAAUAAUUCAACACAAGAAUCUAAAGAAUCAAAUUUAGAAUGUCGUGUUUGUGGUGCACCAGCAUAUGGUUAUAACUUUAAUCAAAUCACUUGUGAAUCAUGUAAAGCAUUUUUUCGUCGAAAUGCAUUACGGAAUAUGUCUCAGCUAAAAUGUCAUUAUUCGGGUUCAUGUAUUAUUAAUAUUAAUACACGUCGUCAAUGUGCAUAUUGUCGAUUAAAAAAAUGUUUUGAUGUUAAAAUGCGUAAAGACUGGAUUCGUACUAAACAAGAAAAAGAAUUAAGACAAUUAAUAAAAUUAUCAAAAGAACAAAAGAAAAUAAAUGACUUAUCAAGUUAUCAACAAUCUUUUAUUACUCUUCCAAUAAGUCUACAAAGGAGAAAAUGUUCGACAUUAAGAUCAAUUAGUCAAGAAGUUAUUACUGAUCCAGUCAAUACAAAUAAUUGA